AUGUUCGGCAAAAAACCAUCUGUUGCAGAACAAGCAAAAGCUCAUGGUCGAGAAUUAAGAACAACUGAUCGAGAAUUAGUACGUGAUCGACAUAAAAUUGAAGCUGAAGAACAACGAUUAAUUAAUGAAAUUAAAAAGAGUGCAGCGACUAAUAAUAAAAAAGCAGUAGAAAUCUUAGCUAAACAACUUGUUAAAGUUCGAAAUCAAAAAGCAAAAUCACUUCAAGCAUCUGGUCAAAUUCAAGGUUUAGCUACACAAAGUACAAUGAUGGCAUCAAAUGUUCGAAUGGCUAAUGCAAUGGAAACAACUGCGAAAACCAUGACUAAAAUGAAUAAAGUUAUGAAUCCAGAACAAAUGUCUAAAGUUACACAACAAUUUGUUCAGGAACAUACAAAAUUCACUAUUACAGAUGAUAUGAUUGGUGAAACACUUGAAGCAGCCUUAGGACAAGAAGGUGAUUCUGACGAAGAAGAUGCCAUUGUUAACCAAGUUCUUGAUGAAAUUGGCAUUUCACUUAAUGAAAAAAUGGCUAAUGCACCACGUGUACCAGUAGCAACAUCUAGUGCUGUAGCUAGUCGAAGACAAACAAAUGAAGAAGAUGCUGAAAUUGAACGAAUAUUAGCAAAUUUGAAAUCAUAG